GCAAAACACGAAAAAAAUGAAAUUAUUAAAGAUAUGCUGAGGGAAAUCUUUCGCAUCCGGGGUCAGAGGGGGGUUUGGCUUUGCAAGGCUUCCGGCAGCUACUCGAGGCCGAGGCUGUGCGGCCUGCUCCGGGCAUCAGCGGGAGAAAUGGCAGGGUCCGAGCCCGAGCUAUUACUGGACCCGGGUAUCCGACUUUGGGUGGUGCUGCCCGUCGUCCUCAUCACCUUCCUUGCGGGUGUCACCCGCCACUAUCUGGGCCUGGUGCUACAGGCGGAGCGCAAGCCGGGGCUCCGGCAGCUGGGACACAGCCAGGUUCUGAUCCGAAGCCGGGCGCUCCGAGAACACGGGAAAUACAUACCACGGCAGUCCUUUGUGAUGAGAAAACAUUUCUUCAAUGACGCCGAAUCUGGUUUUUUUAGGAAGACCAAGAUUAAGAUCGUGCCCAAGAACCCAAUCACAGACCCCAGCAUGCUGACGGAGAUGAUGAAAGGGAACCUCACCAACGUGGUCUCGAUGAUCCUCAUCGGAGGGUGGAUCAAUUCGGCCUUCUCCGGCUUCGUUAUCACCAAGGUGCCGUUCCCACUGACACUGCGCUUCAAGCCGAUGUUACAGAGAGGCGUGGCACUGCCAUCGCUCGAUCCCUCUUGGGUGAGCUCAGCCAGCUGGUAUUUCCUGAACGUGUUUGGCCUGCGAAGUCUGUACUCCCUGAUCCUGGGCCAGGAGCACGCUGCCAACCAGAUGAGGGCCAUGCAGGACCAGAUGACUGGGACAGCCAUGUCACUGCCCCCGGACACCAACAAGGCCUUCAAGGCGGAGUGGGAAGCUCUGGAGCUGGUGGAUCAUCGGUGGGCGCUGGAGACGGUGGAGGAGGAGCUGAUGGCCACCGAUCUGAACCUGGAGGCUUUCUACAGCAGCGAGGGGCUGUCCUCACUCUUCUGAGUGGCCCAGGGACAGACUGAGGGACUGGGGCACGGGCUUCCCCUCCCCCUUCACUCAAGUGAGGAUGGAGCUGAUACCUUCCCUCUCUCCUCAUUCGGCGGGGGGGGGUGGGAGGGAAUGGACUGGAUGAGAUCCAAGGAGGAGUGAGUGGACCCCUCAGGUCCAACAGCAGGGAUUAACGUUACAAAAUAAAGUGUGGGUUGUGGUGAAGCCUUCUCUCUGCUCUCCUUCCUCCUGGUUGCCGAUCUCGGCCAAGACUCCCCUCCAUCUGGGAAUUUCACCUGCGCUUGUCCCAGCCCCCAACUCUUGGAUAGGCUCAUGGGUGACAGGAAAAUGGAGAGCUACGUUGGAGAGAAGGGCUCGGUCGAUCUUGGGUUUGGUUAAAAGGGGCAGCCCAAUAUCAUGGGCUGAAGGGCCUGUACUGUGCUAUAAUGUUUUGUGUUCUGUGUUAAGCAGAAACAAAUCUAAAUUCAAUUAACCCUUCCCUUCUGCGUGACCCUGCACCCUAUCAUCCAUAUUUCUGUGUAAGAGUCUCGAAAUGUCCGUCAGGUGCACCCUGGAUUUGAUUGAUUGAUCUAUCGGAUACAGUGCGGAACAGAUCCUUGCAGCAACCCACGUAUUUAAACCCUAGUCUAACUAUGGGACAAUUUACAAUGACCAAUUAACCUGCUAACCAGACUGUGGGAGGAAACCAGAGCACCCGGAGGAAACCCACGCAUUCCACGGAGAGAACAGAUAAACUCCUUACGGUUUAUAUGGUGUAAAUGGUUUCAGCUGGUAUAGCCUCCACAGACAGUUACUCACAACAUCAUUGAGGCUGUCUGGGAUUACCUGGACAUACAGAAGCAAGCAAGACAGCCAAAGUCUGCAGAAGAACUGUGGCAAGUUCUCCAUGAUUGGAGAAUUUGGCAUUGGUGAGGCCAAAUUUGGAGUAUUGUGUACAGUUUUGGUCACCAAAUUAUAGGAAAGAUGUCAACAAAAUGGAGAGAGUACAGAGAAGAUUUACUAGAAUGUUACUUGGGUUUCAUCACCUGAGUUACACAGAAAGGUUGAACAAAUUGGGACUUUAUUCUUUGGAGCGUAGAAGGUUGAGGGGGGGCUUGAUAGAGGUGUUUAAAAUUAUGAGGGGGAUAGAUAGAGUUGACAUGGAUAGGCUUUUUCCAUUGAGAGUGGGGAAGAUUCAAACAAGAGGACAUGAGUUGAGAGUUAAAGGGCAAAAGUUUAGGGGUAAGAUGAGGGGGAACUUCUUUACUCAGAGAGUGGUAGCUGUGUGGAACGAGCUUCCAGCAGAAGUGGUUAAGGCAGGUUCGAUGUCGUUUAAAGUUAAAUUGGACAGCUACAUGGACAAGAAAGGAAUGGAGGGUUAUGGGCUGAGUGCAGGUCGGUGGGACUCUGUGAGGGUAAGAGUUCGGCACGGACUAGAAGGGCCAAGAUGGCCUGUUUCCGUGCUGUAAUUGUUAUAUGAUGCUUGGACCAACCUUAUUUUCUUAUAGAACUGCAACACAAUGUAUCUAAGAGAAUUGAUGCAGUUUCAAAAGCAAAGGGGUGGUCUCACCAAAUAUUGAUUUGAUUUAAUUUUUUAACUGUUUACAGGGGUUCUUUUCAUAUUUAGAAACUUUUCAUUAUUUUUGAAAACAUCUUUGCUUUACAGAAUUUUUUUACGUGCCUAAGAUUUUUGCACAGUACUGUCUGCCUCUCCCGUUCCACACACUCACCACUGUCUGUGUAAUGAACUCGUCUCUGACUCCCUCCCCCUAUACUUCCCUCCAAUUACCUUACAAUUAUGUCCCUCAUAUUAGCCAUUUUGGUCUCUGGCUGUCCACUCGAUCAUCUUGUACACCUCUGUCAAGUCACCUCUUGUCUAAAGAGAUAAACUCUUGCCAGCUCAGCCUGUCCUCGACUACCAGGGCUGCAAGAGGUUGAAUCUGGGGUCAGUGAGGUUGGGAACCAUUACCCUGGUGGGUGCCCCCACACAGCACUGGAGUACAGUGUAUUGAUCGGGGCACCACAGUCAGGACAGCUUUUGUUUCUGGCCACCUUCACUCAGUGUAGUCCAUGUGGAGAGCAAAUCCCAGGGUUUAGACCUGGAGUGUGGUGAUAUUUCCAAGUUGGGGUACAGUGCUACAGACACACAUUACAGAACAGAAUGUCAAAGCCAUGUCCCAACAGCCAUGCACACUGACAAAAUAUUUGACCUUUAAGGUGAUUCCAACCCUGAUAACCCACGUGCUGGAACUCUCCGUCCCCACACAGGGUGGAGCGCUGCGAGGGACUGCUCAGCCCCACCCUCUCGGGCGCGGUUACGUAUGGGCAAUAGAUGCUGGCAAAGCCCUGGGACAGCGUCUUUGUGAGGAUUAAGAUGGGGAUCCCUGCUGAUGUCAGCCCUUCAUGAUUUUAUAGAGCGGGGCUGUCCAUGGCCCUGUAUCAGGGUCACAGAAUCAAAAGCUGCCCAACCGGAUACGGACAUACACAAAUGAACACAGCGCCCAAAUGCAGAGACACACAGAUACACAGCACCCGCUAUGUGUACGCAUAAUUACACAGCACCCACAAUGUAUACACACAGAUGCACAGCGCCCACAAAGUGUACGCACAAUUACACAGCACCCACAACGUGUACACACAGUUACACAGCACCCACAAUGUAUACACACAGUUACACAGCUCCCGCAACAUGUACACAGACACACAGCACCUGUAACGUGUACACACAGAUACACAGUACCCACAUGCAGAGGAUGCACAGAUACACAGCAUUUACAUGCAGGUACACAGCACCCACAAUGUAUUCACACAGAUACACAGCACCCACGUGUACACUGUUAUGCAGUACCACACCGUGUACACAGAUACACAGUACCCACAUGCAGAGACACACAGAAACACAGCACCCACAAACUGUACACGCAAUUACACAGCACCCACGUGUACACAGUUAUGCAGCACCACAAUGUGUACACAUAGAUACACAGCACCCACAUGCAGACACAGUUACACAACACUCUCAGUGUGUACACACAGAUACACAGCACCCACAAUGUGUACGCACAGUUACACAUCACCCACAUGCAGAAACACACAGAUACACAGCACCCAUAACAUCUAUGCAGAUACACAGCACGUGCAACGUGUACGCACAGAAACACAGCACCCACAAUGUGUACACACAGAUACACAGCACCUGCAGUGUGUAUACACAGUUACACAUUACCCACAUGCAGAGACGCACAGUACGUGCACACACAAACACAGCACCCUCACAGAUACACUCACUCACUCGUCCCUGUGCAGCACACACACAUGGAUGUGACUGUUCCCUGUGCAGUAACCUGUCCAUUGUUGGAAUUUGACCCCGAGUGAUCUCCCAUUCAGGGCUUGAGAUUGGGACCAAAACCCACACCCAGUCCUUCCUCACCCGACCCUAGUCUGGCCCAACCCACUUCAAAUGAGGGCAAAUCCAAUCCACUCCAGACCAAUACAAUCAAAUCCAACCAACCACAUACAUUCCAACCCAACCCCACCCAUGGACUCUAAUCUCAAACAAUCCAUCCUGUCCAAUUCCAACUCCAUCCCAAACAAUAUAUCUGGUCCCAUUUCAGUUCUCAUCCCAAACAAUCCAUCCGGGUCUAAUCCCAAUUCCCAUUCUAAACAAUAUAUCUAGUCCAAUUCCCAUCCCAAACAAUAUAUCUGGUCCAAUCCCUAUUACUAUCCCAAACAAUAUAUCUGGUCCAAUCCCUAUUCCCAUCCCAAACAAUAUAUCCGGACCAAUCUCUAUUCCCAUCCCAA